UGUAUAGCAGUACAGGACAGUACAGUAUAUAGCAGUACAUGCCAGUACAGUGUAUAGCAGUACAGUACAGGACAUACAGUACAGGACAUAGGAGGACAGUACAGGAGGGCUCUGGAGCGCAGGAGAUUAUUCAUGGCAUCCAUCAGAAGUCCAUGGCAGGGAGACGCUUGGAGGCCGGUGUGGUACAGGUGAUGAGGUACCUGCAGGGUGGCAGCAGUCCGUAGACUUCUGGGUGGAGGAUCUCCAUGAUGGUGGUGGAGCGGCCGCGGUCGGAGGGCAGAGCGGCGGCCCCGCUGUCAUGUCCUCUGGGCGCCGGUAGUGGUGCUGUAGGAGGCUGCGGCAGUAGGAGCAGCCCAGCCUUCCUGCCGGAGACUAUAUGCGGGGAUUCCCAGGCGCCGACCCCCCCUGCUCUCCUACUACCAGAUUUUUUUAUGACCUCCACCCCCUCCCUCCGCCUCCUCCUCACACCCCCCUGUAGAAAUUAAUUCGGAUCGUACAGUUAUUACAGGGUGUCCUGGCUGGAAGGAGGAGAUCCAGGGAGACACAGCGCCCCCGGUCCUGAUCGCAGCCGGCUGGGGAGGUCCUGGGAUCUGACAGCCAAACAGAAAAGGGGGGAGAAAGGAGGAGAGAAAAAAAAGCUGAAAAGGGAACCUUGGAGCUUGCUGUUGUAGAAGUCUCGUUCUGGGGCACAUCACGUAAUAAGCAGAUAAAAUGUCUGAAGUUUAAGAUCCGCUGAUGUUCACAAGGAGCAGAGACACGUGAUGUAUGAAGGCAAACACAUACACUUCUCUGAAGUUGAUAAUAAGCCCCUAUGCUCCUACAGUCCCAAGCUCUGCAAGCAGAGAAGACUUAACGGCUACGCCUUCUGUAUCCGACACGUUUUAGAGGACAAGACUGCCCCCUUCAAGCAAUGUGAAUAUGUGGCCAAGUACAACAGCCAGCGCUGCACUAAUCCCAUCCCGAAAUCGGAGGACCGUAGGUACUGCAACAGUCACCUGCAGGUACUGGGCUUUAUCCCCAAAAAGGAAAGGAAGAAAAAGAAUGAUGCACUGGAGGAAGUAAAGGCAAGGCAUCCAAUGGAAACUGUGGCCUUCAGCCUAACAGUGCCCUCCUUGGCCUUGAAGAUGCCCAAUGGACUAGAUGGUAUGACACUUUCCCCUCCUGGAGCCAGGCUUCCUCUCCACUACUUGGAAACAGACUUGGAUGACUCCUUCACGCUUGAAGAGGAAGAAGAGGAAGUUAAGAAGGGAGCAUCCUUAAAGAAGAAACUACAGAGCAAGUUGGCCCAGAAUCGGCAGCGACAGAAAGAGACAGAGAUUUUAAAAGUUCAUCAAGAGCACUUUAGCCCUCAACCUGCACCUUCUCAGCUGCAACCUCUGCCUCUUCAGGAGCAGCAGAUGCUGGUGCAACCAGCACCAACGUCACUGAAAUCCACUGGGCUAACGCCGAGCCUGGCUUGUACGUCACCUCAACCUCAGAAUACCAGCUUACCAGUACAGGGAGCGUCACCCAUAGCGCACUCCUUAGCACAAGUAAAGACUCUGGCUAAUAAAAGACCACUUCCUGCCCCCCCACCCCCCGCAGAUCCACCACGUUCAGACAGGAUUCAGGUGACAGCCUCUGCCUUACCCACGUACUCAUCUUGUGUUAGCCGGCUGCAGAGACUAAUGAAACUGUGCACACAGAAGCAACAGCUAGAUUCGGACUUGUUUCCACACUUGGGGUUCGACUGGUCAGAAGACAGUGGAGAGGAACAUGAUGACUCUGAUCAAGCAUCUCCUUAUCAGGUUGCAUGGUCAUUCCGUGAAAGUGUCCAACACGGCUGCAAAAAGUAUGAUGCAGAGGUAGCGCACAGCAGGAGCUCCAGGGUUGCACAACUUUGCACUUAUUUUCAACAAAAAUACAAGCACCUCUGCCGCCUGGAGCGAGCAGAAUCCUGUCAGCGGAAAUAUCGCCAUGCAUUCCGGAAAGCUUUGCAGAAAGCCGCCCUCAGCGAACCUGAGUCAGCUGGGCAGCUAAUGCAAGAAUGGCGCAAAGUUACACGCAUGAGGUCCAGAACUAUUCAACCAGAGCUCAGAGGAACAGAAGCAGCACUUUGCACUGCAACUGCGAGGAGCGUGUCUUGCACAAACCGAGCCCUCCCAUACACAAGACACUGUUUUCAGCAUAUCUUGUCAAACACCUCCCAGCAGCUUUUUACCAGCUGCACAGCGAAAUUUGCAGAUGGGCAACAGUGUUCUGUGCCGGUUUUUGAUGUUAUUCAUCAAACACCUCUUUGUGAAGAACAUGCCAAGAAAAUGGAUAACUUCCUGCGCGGGGACAAUUCACGCAAAGUUCAGCACCAGCAGCAGAGGAAACCCAGGAAAAAGACCAAGCCUCCUGCACUUACCAAAAAACAUAAGAAAAAGAGAAGGCGGGGACCCAGAAGGCCUCAAAAACCCAUUCCACCUGCAGUGCCCCAAGGCAACCUCUGUAUGCCCAGCAGCCUAUCACUGCCAGUGGAGGUCACUAGUAUAAGAAGUCCAUGCACAGAAGAGCUACCUGAUGACAUCACUAGUGAAAUUACAGACAUUCCCCAUGAUUUGGAGCUGAAUCAGGAAGACUUUUCUGAUGUUCUCCCACGUUUGCCAGAUGAUCUACAAGACUUUGAUUUUUUUGAAGGCAAGAAUGGGGAACUUCUCCCUACCACUGAAGAGGCAGAGGAAUUGGAGAGGGCCCUUCAAGCUGUUACAUCUCUGGAAUGUUUAAGUUCCAUUGCGGUGCUGGCCCAAGCUGAUAGUGUUAGUAGUCAUGACCUCUCAGACCGUGGCCUAACAUCAUUCUCGUCAGGUGCUGGAAGCUCAGAAAUCCAGCAGUUGACCAGAGAAGAUCACACAGAUCUUGGAGAGCUACUCAAUAGGCGGAUGGUUCAUGAAAACUUUACCAGUCUGGAAUUGGAUGAAAACCUCCUUAGUCGUGCUGCUUUAUCUAGCUCAUCUACAUCUCUGAGCGGGCAUGUUCAGAGGCAGUUUUCAUCCUCUGCUAAUGUUGGCCUUACUUCUACCACUUUAAUAAGCCACAGCUCUCUUGAAGAGAGGCCUUUCACGGGUUCAUACCAUGGACUACAACAAAGCAGUCAUGCAUCCCAGAGGUCUCUCCCAGGAGAGAUUUUGAGCAAAGGAGAAGAUGGAAUCGCCCCACAACAGCAAUAUAGCAGUGACCAUUCACAUUCAUCCCCCCAUGGAAGCCAUUAUGAUAGUGAGCAUGUGCCAUCACCAUAUAGUGACCAAACAACCUCCCCACACACCACCUCCUUCUCUGGUGAUGGUCUAACAUUAACUUUUUCUUCAGAGGUGCCCAUUAUUACUCAGCACUUGCUCACCACCCAGCUGGAUGUGCCUCUGAGUGGGGUUGUAAAUCCCCGAACUCAUUGGGGAAACCUUCCUGUGAACCUUAGCGAUCCAUCAACAUUUAGCACCUUCAUAAGUUCUGAUGGGCACCUACUCUCGACGUCUUUGUCUACCCCUCAAGCUGUUUCUCAUUCAGAGGUUACCCAACCUACUUUCUCCACUGUGACCCCUAAUAGCUCCAACAUGCUUCCGGGGUUACCGCAGACAAGUUUCAGCGGCCUAAGCCCUCCUUCUACAGAACUCAUGGAUUCCACAUCAUCCAAACAGCAGCUCCCUCAGUUCAUAGCCGCGUUUGGUCAUCAGUUAUCGUCUCACAGUGGCAUCCCCAAAGACCUGCAACCCAGCCAUAGCUCAAUUGCGCCUCCUGCAGGAUUCGCUGUGACAGGUGCCACGGCUACAAAUACCAACAACUCCACCUCCUCUUUCACGAAUCCUAAUUGAUAUCUUUCCUUAUUGCAUAAUCGAACAGGCUGGAUGGGAAGUGACUGCCGCUUUCUCCUCCUUGCUCACACCACAAUUCCCUUGGUUAUUCCUUGUUCAUGUUGGAGGAAUAUUUUGCUUAAAGUCCUCCUUGUGCUGUAAUAGCACUGGUGCUCCUAUUCUUGUUUGUCUGCUUUACUGUUUUUUUCUUCUUGCAGAGUGAUAUUGGGUUACUACAUUAACUUCUGAUACCAGGAUAAAUGCCUCAUUUGUUUACUACCUGAUAUCCGUAGUCCCUUUCCAGUUAUGGGCAGAAGAGGGAUGGUGUAGUAGACCGGUAGACUAAGCCACUAAGAAGAAUCUGUCUGACACUCUUAUUUAAUGCAGUAUGAACCCAAUGCCCUUUUCUUGACAGAUUAAGCUAUUAUGAUCUUGGCUCCCUUGUGUGUGAGUGUUUUGUAUGUUUUUAUUAAAGUCUAGAGAAGCCUUGCAGAUCUGGGCUGCAUCAGCAUGAAACCUUGCUUCCGGUAGCUCCAUUCCAUGUUUUCUGUUGGAUUUACACUCAAUGUGUGGACCAUGAAGUAGAAUAAGAUGUGUUGUAUGAACAGGGCAUAAAGGAUCGAAAUGAUUGACAAGAGCUGCGUAUUAUGUACUGUUUGGUCCCAUUAACUAUAAUGCGAAACCUGGAAAGGUUCUAGUUUUCACCACGUGGUAUCUGGCAUAUGCACUGCAUGAUAAUUAGCCCACGUUAAAUUAUACUACAUGAGGUGAGGAGGCGACUGAUUCCGUUGGCGAAAAGUUAAAAUGAUUCACUUGGCUUUUGAGUUCCUCUUUUGUAAGUGGAAUAUGAGCAUGGGGUAUUUUGGGAGGGGGGGUUAUAAUUGCAGGUUAAUAGUGUCUGUGGCUGGAUGUAUUGGUCGUCAAAUGGUAGAUUGGUAGAUGUGAAGAAGCCUGUAGGUUACAGACAUUGGCGGCUGCUUUGUGUAAGUAUAUUGGAUAACCUUAAAUUUAUUGCUUUUUUAAGAGCCAGUGUUCCUGUUCAGUUUUAAAAUUUCAUUUCUAAGCCAAUUAAGAGCCUUUUUAUUUAUUUUUCUUGGAUCAAAUUGAUCUGGUUUAGUAUGAUCCUUAAUGGGGUUUGCCAGGAUUAAGAUAUUGAUGGCC